AUGGAGCAGCAAGUCAUUGCGGUGCACUAUCAGCGAAUGGAGGAAUGGCUGAGUGACCGAAAGGCCGUCUUGGGGAAGAAGCACAAGAAAGAAUUCUUUCGUCUUAUGGAGCUGGCGCCCAAACUGGAACAGUUGGUGCGUUACGAGAUACCAGCGCAGCACAAGCAGAAUAAGAGGCUCUCAGGUCUCUUGGAUGACGCCUAUGGGUCCAUUGAGGACGCCGCUAAGGCUAGAAAAAAUCUCGAGGAAAGACAAAAACGUUUUUUUCAGGAGUAUGGCCUGGUGGAGAGUCAAGGUGCAGAGGAAGAAGAUCUCGAAGCGGUGAUUGAGGCCAAGAUAGCCAGCAGCACGACUUCUUUGAACGAGGCGCUUAGGGAAUUUGGCAGAAGCCCCCAUCUUGAGUCCUUCCGUGAGGCAUAUGUUCGCGCUGCAAAAAUGUAUUCCAUGGGAAUGUACGAUGAUAACGUUUUCUCAUUGCACCUGCCUUGGUUGGACAGGGUUUAUCAGGAACGAUUUUACAAGUCCAAGGUGGAUAUACAUCAUCAUGAGCAACAUCAGAAGCAGCGGGCGGGUGAGCGGGAUCAGGUUGCGGUGAAAGCAAGCACAGGGCCCUGCAACAUUGAUUGGGGUGACGAGGACACAGUUGAUUUGGUCGACGUUGGCGAAACGGUGGAAAUUAAAUGGGAUGAGGAAGCCCUUGAAGUGGCUGUAGAGGGUGCUGUCCGCAACUGCAGCGAGAACAAUAAAAGAAUGGAUGAUGGCUGCGAGGAAAAGCCUACAGAUACGGUGAAGGGAAUUUUUACCAUUGACGUUUCAAAUGCUGCCCACCGAAAGAACAUAUUGACAGAGCUGCAGGCGUUUGCUUGUUUUGCCUCGGAACGAUCGUCUAUGGACGAUGAAUCGCUUGCCGAACCCGCGGCGGCAGUUGAAGUUCUUGUUAAGAAACUAACAGCAUCAACGGAGGCGGUUUUUGUACGCAUGAAGACAACCCCCACACUGCGGUUUUCCUUUAUGGAAGAGGUACGGCGGCUUCAACGAGGCAUUGCGGCUGCAUCUAUGCGAAAGAGUAAUAGUCAAGCUAGAGUACACCAAAUACAGGAGGAAAUUGAGCGACUGGGACCGCAGCUGGAUGCAUUGCUAAUUGCUGCAGGGAACUGUCGUGACGAAUGUCUUGCUGAGUUGUUGAAGAUGUUCCCUGGGCGCACUGUGACUAUUGUAGGGGAUAUUAACAAAUACCUCUAA